CUCUUUCCUAGCUCUCAUCCCAUUUGCAACUUCGCUCCUCAUAGGCCACUGACCACCUUCUUUUACCCUCUGAUGUCCGAUCCAGCGGCACCAUCACUGCCCGCCCAUCUGCACUAGCCGGCCACCUUGAGCUCCAACAGAGUAGCUAGGUUUCUCCUAGCUGUAUCCCUAGCUCUGGCCAGUCUGAUCGAAGAACCUACACACAAGGCAAGCUGCAAGCUAGCUUCCUCUUCCACCUCUGCCUCUGCCUCACCCCAGGCUAGAAGCUUCUCUUCUCUUUAGCCUCACUCUCACCGUCACCGGCACAUACUCUGCGGCUGUAACGACCGAGAUGGUCGGAUGGCCAUGAGCUCAUCUCCUCUUCGGGCGUUCCUGGCGGCCAUGCUCCUCAGCUUCCUCCUCGGAGCUGUGACGACAUUCAGCCGCACCACGCCGCCGAUGCUCUCCGCUUUUCAGAACCUGGCGGAGGACAAGUCGCGGCUGGGGUCGACGCCGCCGAGCUGCCACAACCGGUGCAACACGUGCAACCCCUGCAAGCCUGUGCAGGUGACCACGACGCUCCCGGCGGGGUCUGGCGGCCCGUCCACGGCGUCCCGCGGCUCCUCCUCCGCCGCCGCCGACGAGGCCGCGGCAACCGUGCAGUACUCCAACUACAAGCCGCUGGGGUGGAAGUGCCGCUGCGCCGGCCGCCUCUACAACCCCUAGAUCGUCGCCUAGAUAAGCCGCUGAUUACCACAACACUCCUCGACGGCGGCAUGUACCCUAGAGGCUCCGGCCGGGCGGGCGGCCGGUCGAGACUCGAGAGCUACGGUCCCGGUCUAGUUUUGGUUAGUUCAUUUGGUCCCAUAAAUUCCUUGGCAUCUCGUGUACCGUCCUGGUCCUGCACCGCAGGCUUGCAUUGUCUUGUGUUCAUCUUGCUACGCUGGUUCCAACA